AGCCACAUUUUUUUUACAAUCCAUCGGCCCCAAUUCGUUUAUUUUACUCUAUGAUAUAUAUGCAUAAACGAACCUAGACACUUCCAUAAUCUGGUCGAAGAACUGUAAUUUGCGCCCUCUGCACCAAAUCUUCGGCGAUUCUGAUUCCAAAUCAACCCAUCAAUCAGCGAAGAUGAACGACGCCGAUGUGUCGAAGCAGAUUGAGCAGAUGGUCAGAUUCAUCCGCCAGGAAGCGGAGGAGAAGGCAAAUGAGAUCUUAGUCUCCGCUGAGGAAGAAUUCAACAUCGAGAAGCUGCAGUUGGUGGAGGCAGAGAAGAAGAAGAUCAGGCAAGAGUACGAGCGUAAAGAGAAGCAAGUAGAAGUUCGAAAGAAGAUAGAGUAUUCAAUGCAGCUUAAUGCUUCCCGGAUCAAGGUACUUCAAGCUCAAGAUGAUGUGGUCAAUUCCAUGAAAGAGGCAGCUGCAAAGGAACUCCUACAUGUUAGCCAUGAUCACCAUAAUUACAAAAGGCUUUUGAAAGACCUUAUUGUUCAGAGUAUGUUGAGACUGAAAGAGCCUGCUGUGUUAUUGCGUUGCCGGAAAGAGGACCUGCACUUGGUGGAGUCAGUGCUGGACUCAGCAAGAGAGGACUAUGCUGAGAAAGCUAGUGUUCACUCACCAGAGAUAUUUGUUGACACCAAUGUCUAUCUUCCACCUGCUCCAUCCCAUCACAAUUCGCAUGGACCCCAUUGCUCUGGAGGAGUGGUGUUGGCUUCUCGAGAUGGGAAGAUUGUUUUUGAGAACACAGGCGAUGCGCGCUUGGACGUCGUAUUUGAUAAAAAGCUACCAGAGAUCAGAAAAUUGAUGUUUGGCCAUGUCGCUGCAUAAUGGGCUUGCUUGUUUUGCUGGCUUCGGAUGAUUUGAAGUCCAAAAGAUGAAUAUCGGUCAGACCAUGGAUCAUAUUGUCUAAAUUGUUUAUUUAUGUAUUUCAGAAUUCAGAUUCUUUCCUUGUUUGCUGAGUAUUUAAUUUUCUGAAAUUAGUGAAGUUAUAUUGGCUUGUUUCUCAUGUUAUUUGGGGGAUGCUGCUGUACGCAUAUUUGUUUUAUAAGUACUCGUAUUUAUUAGUAAAGAAUAAAAUAAGAGCUGUUUGUGGAGAUUGCUAG